AUGUCGGCCCCUGAAAACCAUGACCUAGCCGAAGAGAUCGAAUCAGUAAACGCCAUUUAUGAGCCGGACACAGUAACAGUAACGUGCACCCCCGGCACAUCCAAGAACACCCUCGACCUGGGCAGUUCCGCGCAAUAUACCGACAAUGCACACACAACAGUGAACCUCCAAAUCCCCGGCCAACCCCAUCUAUCAUUCAAAAUCGGGUUCGAGGCCUCAUACCCAGAGUCCAGACCUACAGUGUUAGGGACAGCAUCGACAGCCGCGCGCGGAGAGGGCAAGAUCGCAAUUGAUGUAUUGGAAGAUAUCGUCCAGAGAACAUGGCAGCCCGGCGCGGUAUGUCUGUUCGAUGUGAUCAGUGAAGCUAUGGAGGUGUUCCCGGAAUUGAAUAUUGGCGGAGGGGGUAAAGACGACGCCGGUGAAUCGGAUGAGCUGUCAACACAAGCGCAAACUCAAAAUGGCACGUCGACGUUUGAUGACGCGACGGCGGAGAGCUUUGAGGCUUUGUCGCUGCGUGAUGCAUUUGGGCUUGAUAGCCCGCCUGAUUGGAUUCUUUCGGAUAUUGUUACGGAGAAGAAGUCUGUCUUUGUGGGCCGUGUUGCGCGGGUUGAGAGUCUUGCGCAGGCGCAGGCUUACCUUGAUCAUCUUACUGCUACUGAUCGGAAGGUUGCUGCUGCGACGCAUAACAUAAGUGCGUGGCGGGUUCGGCAGAAGAAGACCGAAGGAAAUGGGGAGGGGGAGACCACAGUUCAGGAUUACGAUGAUGAUGGGGAGACUGCUGCUGGUGGGCGGUUAUUGCACGUCAUGCAAUUGAUGGAUGUAUGGAAUGUGGUCGUUGUUGUUACGCGGUGGUAUGGUGGAAUUCAUCUGGGUCCAGCGCGGUUCCGGCUCAUUAAUGAUGUUGGCCGUGAUGCGUUGGUCAAGGGUGGGUUCACCAAAGAGGAGGGGACAGCUCCUGAGAAGGGGAAGAAGAAGGGCAAGAAAUGA